AUGAAAAAACUUGUGAUUAUUUGUGUUGUUUUGGCUUCAGUCUCUAUCUAUUCUGAAGCUUGUUCAUGUCUUCGUAUUCCACACCCUCAAGUACAGUUCUGUAACGCAGAUUUCGUUAUAGAGGCAAGGGUUUUGAGGCGGGUAGAAACAGGGACCUCACCUUUUCAAGAAGUAUACUACACCGUAAGCAUACAUCGGAAUUACAGGAGAGAAACUAGAAGAAGACCUGCAACACGGUAUCCAACACGGUACAGAUCUCCUUUUGAACGGAUAUACACCGCUCAUAGCUCUGCUUCCUGUGGCGUGCCAUUUCAGAUUGGUCGUGAUUACAUAAUUGCUGGACAGAUCCGUAAUGACAGAAUGAAUGCUCAUUUUUGUGGUUGGAACCUUCCAACAUCUGCACUUACCCAAUUUCAGAGAAAUGCACUGAGAAACGGCUAUUAUAGAAACAAUUGUGGCUGUAGUAUCAGAGACUGUACCCGCAAUAAUCGCUCUGGAUGCCGGGUUUCAAGACAGAGAGAGUGUAAGAUCACAACCAACAGUCCUUGUUACAGGACAAGAAGUGCUUGCGUUUCUGUUCGAGGAAGGUGCCGCUGGACAUCCUCACCUUGCGUAGUACUUUAACAGAGACUGAAAAUUUAGUUAGAAUUCAAUGACUUCGGUACAUUGAUUUGCGACUGCUUGAUUCAAAUAA